AUGAACACCUUCAACCCCCGCCGGGUGUCGUACCUGAGGCCGGCCACCGCGGUCUUCGAGGUGCGCGAUUCCUGGGCGUCGACGUCGUCGCCGUACCCUUCGCUCAGCUCCAUCGGGUAUCCGGCAUCCGAGAGGAGCGACGAUGAGAGGUUCGCAUCCGCCGUCUGGCACCGCACCUUUAACCAUAUCGACUACGCCGCGUACAAGGCGGCAUGCGAUGCCGAGAGGUGCGCCAAGCCCGAACGCGACCCCGACGUCUUCUCCGUCAAGUCCAGCGCCGCCAGGCGCGGCCUCUCGCGGCUGGGAGCCAUGCUCACAAUCUACCCCUACCGGGACAUGGGGUGGCUCGUCACAAUGGCCUUCAUCAUGGCGUCCAUCUCCUUCACGCUCAACGGCAUCUUCAGCCUCAUCCACCUGCUCGACCCCAAGCUGGACUUCCCCGGGCGCGACACCGCCACCCAGGUCACCUUCGUCCUGGGCAGCUCGCUCCUGACCCUCAGCGCCUGGAUGGGCCUGCUCGCCGCCAUCAACGUCGACCGCGCCAUCCUGGACCCGAAGAAGGACGCGCCCGACGCGUAUAAGCCGGCGCUCCUCUGCAGCGACGAAUUUGUCUGGGUUCCGAGCUGGGCCGAGUUCAGCAGUAUCUUCUGGCCCAGCUCGGCCUUCCGCGCAGGAAUCCUCCAGCUCCUCGCGGGGUCCUUCUUCACCAUCGCCGCCGUCGGCGCGCUUCCCGGCGUGCUCGACCUUACCCACCCCAACGCCUCCAUCAUCUUCGUCUCCUCGCCGCAGCUCAUCGGCGGCAGCUUCUUCGUCCUCGCCGGCCUCCUCAUGAUCUUCCUGUCCCAGGACAAGUGGUACAUCCCGCUCAUCCUCGACGCCAGUUGGCAAAACGGCUUCUGGAACCUGGUCGGCGCCAGCGGGUUCCUGGCUGUUGGGGUUGUCACUCUUCUUCACAAGAACGACGCGGUUACUCUUGCCUCGCUUUUGCUGAUGAGCGGGCUCGGAUUCUUGAUUGCGAGUGUGAUACAGUGGUACAUCAUCAUGGAGUAUUAUCCCGUCAACCCAUACUGGGAGGAUCCGGUGGCGGCGGCGGAGAUUCCUCCGCAGUCCAUCUACUAA